AUUGUGGGAAGUCAGAAUCCGGGAAACUCACUCACUCAAGCUAUCUUUUUGUGGUGUAUUGUGUGUAUUAUGGUAUAUUGGUGUAUAUUUUUCCGAGCAAACCAAACUAAUUAACGGUAUGAGUCAGCAGCAAGGAUAUGAACAGCAGGCCUUUGGUGGCCAGCAUGCAUCAACUUCUACAGGAGACCAGGCGUACGGAUGGAAGCCGAAUCCGUCGGGAUCCAGUUCUCCGUCCAGCGGGGGAGGCUUCUUGGAUCCAGAAAAUUUGCAAACCAAAAACUUUUCGUUUAACGAGGAAACUGUCCGCAAAGGAUUCAUUCGUAAAGUAUACCUCAUACUAAUGGCUCAACUUCUUUUUACUUUCGGAAUGGUGGCUCUGUUUCUUUUCCAUGAGCCCACGUUAAAAUUUUCUCAAAACAAUCCGGGCUUGGUACUUGGAGCUGCAAUUACAACACUAGUUGUUGUGAUAGCAAUGGCUUGUUGUGAAACGGCUCGACGCUCGUUUCCUGUCAACUUUAUAUGCCUUGGAGUAUUCACACUGGCUGAAUCUUUCCUGGUCGGUGCUAUAGCCGGGCGAUACAAUUCGGAAGCGGUAUUUUUGGCUGUUGGAAUUACGGCAAUAUUAUGUCUGGCACUGACGAUUUUUGCCAUGCAAACAAAGUACGACUUCACUGCAUGUGGUGGAUUCCUCAUCGCUGCCCUUGUCUGUUUGAUGAUAUUUGGCAUUGUUGGAAUGUUUUGGAGAGCACACAUUGUACAGACCAUAUAUGCCGGUUGUGGUGCAUUGCUGGCCUGUGUGUUCCUUAUAUACGAUACACAGAUUAUGAUGGGUGGUGACCACAAAUACAGCAUCAGUCCAGAAGAGUACAUAUUUGCUGCAUUAAAUCUUUAUAUGGAUGUUAUUCGCAUCUUUCUCUACGUUUUACAAUUGAUUGGCAACAGAAAGUAGAUGACGGCGAAAACGUUUUCGAGAGCAAUCGUUCCACCUCUACAUACUCGAAGAAUUUACAGGAUGACAACAAUGUCACAAAUGAUACCUUUUAUUUAGAAAGCUAAUGAUUAAAAUCAAUUGACUUUUUUAUUUUCAGAUCAACGGUACUACAAGAAAAUUUACCAACAAAUGUAAAUCACCUAUUUGCAAUAAAAUAUUCUAAUCUUGUGUAGUCAA